AUGACUUCUCAGAAACAGGGACGCAAAAUUGUCAUCAUCGGAGCCAGUGGAAAUUUAGGAGCUCCUACAGUGAAAGCCCUUCUUGCCCAAGGAGUUCAUAGUAUCACCGCUGUUCAACGCCUUGGAGCUACCAGCAAGUUUCCAUCCGAAGUAGUCGUCAAGUCAGGGGAUCUACAAGAUGAAUCGUUCCUGGCCGAUGCGUUUCAAGACCAGGAUGUAGUGGUCCUAAUGCCGCCACUCCCCCAUAUCAUCAGCAUCCAAGAGCCCGCUGUACGCGCAGCUGCCAAAGUCGGCGUUCCAUACAUUCUUCCUGCCGAGUAUGGCCCCGACCCUUUUGCCCAUCGACUUGUUGAACAAAACCAGCUUCUGCAGGAUAAGAAAAACGUUCGCGACUUGAUAAGUGAACUUGGCGUGGCUAGCUGGAUCUCAGUAACAGUCGGUCCCUUCCUCGACAUGAAUUUGAAGAGUGGCCUCUGGGGAAUCGACGUCGAUAACCGGAAAGCCACUAUAUGGGAUGGCAACGUUGGCAGAGUCAGCGCGUCUGGCCUUACUCAUACAGGUCAAGCAAUAGCAGCAGUUCUCACUCUCCCCGAAGAAUCGUUGGCACAGUACAAGAACAAGGCAGUUUAUGCACCUGCCUUUCAUUUUACACAACAGGAACUCUUAGAGGCUGUGCAGAGGGCAAUGGGGACGAUGGAAGAGGGAUGGAGUGUAGAGUAUCAGGACAUACACGAUGCUCUCAAGGACUUAGAGCCCAAGAAUGAGCAACAUGAUGGCAAUGCUCCAUUCAUCAAGUUUUUCUUGAGUCAUUUCCAGGAGGGCAGUGGAGGGGACCUCCGGCACAAGGUCAAGGAUGGUGAACUAAACAAGUUAUACGAACUUGGACUCGAGGAACAGGUUUUGGAAGAUGUUAUCAAGGCCUCAGUGUAG